UGAAAUAAUAAGGCAAAAUUACUAAAAUGGGGCGGCAAAAUUGAAUCCAAUCAAUGAUUCCAGCCGCAGUUGGGAGUUCUCCUCCUGGUAUAAAUAGCCCCCAAACCAAAUCCCCAUCAAACACACUCACUCAUACUCAUCAUCAUCUACAGCUCAACAAAGCACUAAUCCCACUCCCAGCAAUUUCGACACAGUUGUGAGGUAGACAAAUCGAGAUGACGAAGGAUGUAGAGGUGGGCGGUCACGGUCACGGACACGACUACGGCGCAAAGGACUACCAAGACCCGCCGCCGGCGCCGCUAAUCGACAUGGAGGAGUUGGGCAAAUGGUCACUCUACAGGGCGGCCAUCGCCGAAUUCAUCGCAACCCUCUUGUUCCUCUACGUCACCGUGCUCACCGUCAUCGGCUACAAGAGCCAGAGCGCCGCCGACCAGUGCGGCGGCGUCGGCAUCCUCGGCAUCGCCUGGGCUUUCGGCGGCAUGAUCUUCGUCCUCGUCUACUGCACCGCCGGCAUUUCCGGGGGCCACAUUAACCCGGCCGUGACAUUCGGGCUGCUCCUGGCCCGCAAGGUGUCGCUGGUUCGGGCCUUGCUGUACAUUGUGGCGCAGUGCUUGGGAGCCAUCUGCGGCUGUGGGCUGGUCAAGGCCUUCCAGAAGACCUACUACGUGCAGUACGGCGGCGGCGCCAACGAGCUCAGCGACGGCUACAGCACCGGCACCGGAGUGGCGGCCGAGAUCAUCGGCACUUUCGUUCUUGUCUACACCGUCUUCUCCGCCACCGACCCCAAGAGAAAUGCCAGAGACUCCCACGUCCCUGUUUUGGCGCCACUUCCAAUUGGAUUCGCAGUGUUCAUGGUUCACUUGGCCACAAUCCCGGUUACCGGCACUGGGAUCAACCCGGCCCGGAGCUUCGGCGCCGCCGUGAUUUACGGCAAAGAUAAGGCAUGGGACGACCAGUGGAUUUUCUGGGUGGGACCGUUGGUGGGAGCAGCCAUUGCUGCAAUCUACCACCAGUUCGUAUUGAGGGCAGGAGCGGUGAAGGCUCUGGGAUCAUUCCGGAGCUCUUCCUAUAACUAAGGACUGCAAUAUUUAGUGUGUGUGUGCAGUUUGGCACUUAUUUUAAAACGUGCCCGAAUUUGAUGUUGUAUUUUUCGUUUGUUUAUGGUUUCUCCUCUCCUCUGCUUUAGCACUAAAUCUAGUGCUUUAUGCAUCCAAGUAAUAAAGUUUACCAUUUCCCCGAUUUGUA